AUGGAGGCUGCCGUGUACCUGGAUUCUUUAAGUCUGCUUAUGGCGGCUGCAAGAUCCUUCCGGUUUUCUGCCGGCCAAAACUUUGAGCUCCAGCUGGCUACGAAGCUUUCAAAGGCUGCGGGGCACUUUGGUCAAGAAGACGUUGUUAGGGAGAUGCAGGACGUCCUCCGAGUGCUGCCUAGACACCAGCUACACCUCUCUGAUGAGCUCAUUGAGACAGCAGCCACGGGGCUUGCUGCCUUAGACACCUUCGAAGCUGCGCCGGAGACCUUUGUUGGCCACAUCAAAUCCGUGGGGAGCCUUAUUGUAGGCCAGAGUCCACACUCUUCACCCCACUCCUUUGCGGUGAAGCUCUUUCAGCACCACGAGGCGCAUUUCACGAAUGCAGGCAAUCCUUAUGAUCUCCAGCGGCUUCUGCACCACGUGGAUGCUGGGAAACCAAUUCCCAGGCCCUUGGCCUUCCGCUUGGCAGCUGCCGCAGCUCAGUCCCAGAGGGCGCAGGCGGCCCAGGCAGCGCAGGCAGCACAGGAAGUUCCGUUGGGUUCAAACCUCGCACAGCGCAUCUUCGAGCGCUGCUUCGACACCGAAGAAGAUCCUGAGGACCUCAGUAAAGCCACGGGGCCCAUACGUGUAAACCUUGGGCUGCUCCUCAACCUCCUGGUCUUGUUUGUGUGA